AUGUUUCUCUGCGUCUCUUCUCUCUCUCUUCAACUAGAAGAAAACACACUAAACACAGUGCAUUGCCGGCGUCCUUUCUCGACUUUGUUGUCUCGUUUGAUUAUUUACGCCAAGCGAUAUUUCUGUUUGGUGGAUUGUGUUGAUUUGUUGAUCGGUGAAAUCGUGUAUCAAGUGAUCCUUAGUGGUUUGCAUUGUUGUGUAAUCAGGUUAGUUCAUUUUUCAUGCUUAAUUUUGAUGAAUAUUUGAAUUUUAACCCAAAAUUUUGUCAAUUUUCUUUAGCUGUUUUUAAAAAACUUUUAUGUUUUUUCCAUGGAAGGGAAUUCUAGAUUGAAUUUUGAAAAUCAAGUUAAGUUUCAUGAUUGUGACCUUAUUCAGAGUUAAUCUUAAAGCUUUGGGAUUUUUUUGAUUCGAAGCUCAAGAAGCUUAGCAAAAAAUUCUAGACAACAAAUAUGUGUUGGUUUUUUUUUCAGUCAAAAUGGACAACUAUCCAAUUAUUCAUCCACUUCAACACUGGGAACAAGAAGCAUUAAUCUUUGCGCAUGGCGCCGUUGGACGAGCGCAAAGUAUUGUGGUCGUAAGUUAAUUUUUUCAAGGCCUGUUUCAUGAAACAAAAUCAAUUUUUUUUGCAGUUAUUGAAUAA